AAUUACAGAUGCAUCGCUCUUACAGCCAUCGCUGAAAAAGUUUAUAAGCUACUCUUACUCAACAGAAUACAACCAGAAAUUGAGAAAGCUUUGAGAAGAAAUCAAAAUGGCUUCAGAAAAAAUAGAUCAGCUGUCGGACAAAUACUUACAUUUCAUCGUCUACUUGAAGGAACAAAAGCCAGAAAUCUUGAAGUAGUAUUACAAUUUGUUGAUUUCUCAAAAGCUUUUGUCUCCAUCCACCGUGGUAAAUCAAUGGUGAGAUCUCCAGAUACAAGUUUCUUUGAUAUUAGAGCCGAAGUGCUCCAGGUAGACACUUUGGCACUUUUUCUCUUUGAGGUGACUCUGGAUUAUGUUCUCAGGACAUCACUUGUCAAUCUAAACAGCCUCGGUUUCACACUUACGAAGACUAGAUCGAUCGGACAUCUAACUCAAAACAUAAUCGAUAUACACUAUGCUGAUAAUUUAGCCUCGCUCUCUGACACAAUAUCAAACUCCUACCAAUUACUUCAUAGUCUAGAAUUAGCUGCACAUGAUAUUGGACUAUGUUAA